GGUGGCGGAGAAGGUUGUAGCGGCAGCAUGAAGCGAACCCCGACUGCCGAGGAACGGGAACGCGAAGCUAAGGAAUCUCAUUGUAGAGCUCCUACUGGCUUUGACCGCGCAGCAUCUGAAAAGGCAAGACGCGGACAGAAACUGAGGCUUCUCGAAGAGCUUGAAGACACGUGGCUUCCUUAUCUGACCCCCAAAGACGAUGAGUUCUAUCAGCAGUGGCAGCUGAAAUACCCCAAGCUGGUCCUGCGCGAGGCCGGCAGCGUCCCCGAGGAGCUGCACCGAGAGGUGCAGGCGGCCUUCGCCACGCUGCACAAGCACGGCUGCCUGGCCCGGGACCUGGUGAGGAUCCAGGGCAAAGACCUGCUCACUCCGGUCGCUCGCCUCCUCGUCGGCAACCCGGGCUGCACCUACAAGUACCUGAACACCCGGCUCUUCACGGUGCCCUGGCCCGUGCGGGGCUCCAGCGUCACCUACCACGAGGCGGAGGUCGCCGCCGCCUGUCAGACCCUCCUCAGCCUCAACAGCUACCUGCAGCUCGAGACCAUCCAGGCGUGGGAGGAGCUGGUCGCCAAAGAAAGGGCGAACAUCGACGAAGUGCCCGUGUGCAUCGGCCCCGACUUCGGCCUGGGCAUUUUCGACGGGCCGGACGAAGCGGACAUCAGGAGCAGGUCUGCGUACAACGUGACCUUGCUGAACUUCAUGGAUCCCCAGAAAAUGCCCCACCUGAAGGAGGAGCCUUAUUUCGGCAUGGGGAAGAUGGCGGUGAGCUGGCACCACGACGAGAACCUGGUGGACAGGUCGGCGGUGGCCGUGUACAGUCACAGCUGCGAAGGCCCAGAAGAGGAAAGCGAGGAGGACUCUCCACUCGAAGGCAGAGAUCCUGACACUUGGCACGUUGGUUUCAAGAUUUCCUGGGACAUAGAGACACCUGGUUUGGCGAUACCCCUUCACCAAGGAGACUGCUACUUCAUGCUCGAUGACCUCAAUGCCACCCACCAGCACUGCGUUUUGGCUGGCUUACCACCUCGGUUUAGUUCCACCCACCGAGUGGCAGAGUGCUCGACGGGGACCCUGGAUUACAUCUUACAGCGCUGCCAGCUGGCUCUGCAGAAUGUCGGCGAUGUGACAGAUAGUGGGGGUGUCGCCCUGAAGUCCUUGGAGCCUGCGGUUUUGAAACAAGGAGAAGAAAUCCACAAUGAGGUCGAGUUCGAGUGGCUGAGACAGUUUUGGUUUCAAGGCAGUCGACCCCGGAAGUGCACCGACUGGUGGUGCGAGCCCAUGGCUCGGCUGGAGGAGAUGUGGCGGAAGAUGGAAGGGGCGACAAAUGGGGUGCUUCAUGAAGUGCGAAGAGAGGGGGUCCCCGUGGGACAGAGGAAUGCCAUGGUGACCGCCAUCCUCGCCUCGCUCACCACGCGCCAGACCCUGCGGAGGGAGUGGCACGCCAGGUGCCAGUCCCGGGUCGCUCGCACUUUACCCGCCGACCAGAAGCCCGAGUGCCGGCCGUACUGGGAGAAGGAGGACCCCUCGAUGCCCCUGCCCUUCGACCUCACGGACGUCGUCUCGGAACUCAGAGGCCUGCUCCUGGAGCCCAAACCCUAGGAGGCGUGUGUGUCUCGGGGGAGGAGGAAGAGGCCAUCGCUGGCUCCUCUCCUCCAUCCCCACCACGGGCAGUGUGGGUAGACGCGGCCUUUAGAUGGUAGAACCCGGGUCCCAGCUAGAAACGGCUGGGGAGUGGGGCCCUGGGAUGUGACAGUGUUUGGACAUGGCCCAGUGUGAUUAUCCGAUUUGAUAUUAAACAGGACCCCACCCCCCCAUUGUCCCCACUUGGAUUUUUAAAGUGAGCCGUCCAGCUCCAAGGCCAAGGGAGGUGACCAGGGUGAGCCCAGCCUGUGACAAGGCCCAGCCUCCUUCCUUCUGAAGCCUCUACAGAGCAGCAAGGGCAGUGACUAGCGCCGCCUGGGGGACCACAGAGCUUAGAGACGUCCCUCCCGUCCCUCGCCGCACCGCUUAGAGGCUGUGGGGCCCAGUGUGGCAGCCGCCAGCCAUGCAUGGCUCCUUCCAUUUAAAUUCGAAGCUCGUUGCAAGGAAGCAUUCAUUGAGGGCGGGAGCCACGUGGCGGGUGGUGAGUGGCCACGUGUGGCUGCCGACGGCUGCCCUGGCCGGUGCCCAGAACAUCUCCAUCCGCAAGGGAGGCCCUCGGGGACGACCCUUCUAGACACAGCGUGGGAGCAGGCCGUGGGCUCCCCCCCGCACCCCCCUCUGCAGCCCCGUCCUCACAGCCGCAGUGAACUGGAAGGCCAGCGGCUCAUGGAGUCGCCUCUCUCUUCUCUAAGAAACACCUAGGAAAGGCAUCCUGGACUCUGCACGCAGGGACCGGGAGUGCUGGCCAUUCAGAGCAAGCCGCCCUGAUCCCGUGAGAGAGACACGGCCCCAUUCCCAGCGCUUCAUGGCGUGAGCCAGCGUAGCUGUGUCCGUCUUUUCCCAGAUCCCCCCAUUUGCGCAUAAUGACAGGUGGGGUCGAUGGCAUUGGAGCCUUAGAGAGACGAGCUUGAAACCUGGGCCCCGGUCACAACUCCCUCCACUAGCCUGGUGACCUUGGGCCCGUUGCUGGGCCUCAGUUUUCUCAUCUGUCUAAUGGGGACACUGAAGGCACUGGCUCCCAAGGGGCAGUUACUUUGCCAUAGACGUCUCGGAACACUCUCUGACAUGUCGUUAAAUGCCCCACACAAAAUACUAGAGUCAUUAUGUACCAGUGAGCCGGCCCCUGGAGACGUGUUCCCUCCCGUCCUCACUCCUUGCACCAGGUUUGUCUGGUGAUGCCGAGACAUGUCUGCUGCCCUUUGGUGACCCCUAGACAUGGUGAGACUAGCUCGCCCCUCCCCCGGCCCGUGAUUCUCUCGGAACUGUGUGCAUAUCGGAAGGCGAGGAGCGCUUAGCCCCUCAGAGGCGCGCUAGGCCCCGCCUCCCUGCCAUCAGAAGCUCAUCGCUGGUUCAGCGCAUGCGCUCACUGCCCGAGCUCACCUCCACAGAACGGUCACGCCAGGCAAAGCGGCCAGGGCUUCUCUCCGGAGACUGGGUGUCUCCGGCCUUGGGUGACUCCCAGGCGUCCUUGAGCCUCCCUAUCCGCAUCAGUGAGGGGAGCAGGAAGCCUGGUCCCGGGACCUCCCCCACUCACCCAGCCCUGCCUCCGGGGUUUGCGGGGCACAUGGAGCCAUGUCGGGGAGCAGGGCCUGGCACAGAGGGGCCGCAGCCCCGGCACCUCCGGGCCAUCUCGCCCGGGUUUUAUGCAGCCCCCACGGCGCCGGUUCUCUGUUCAUUUCACGAGGGCCGACAUCUGAAAACUUGGGAGAUUUCCUGUGAAAUAAAGCGUGUGCUGUCUCUAGGGUUCGGACGAUCCGGCAGCCCCGGGCAUGGCGGCGAGCCGAGUGUCUUCUGGCUCCGAGGUGGGCGUGAGCCUCCCCGUGCCCGCGGCUCCGGCCUCUGCGUGGUAAACCCCUCCCCUCAUGUCACUGCCCCCCGGCUUGCCGCGCCCCUGUAGGAGAAAUAAAUGUUGAGU